AUGAAGUUCAUCGCUUCAAUCUCCGCUGUCAUCAUGACUGGUGCCUUCACCGCUUCCGCCGACGUCGCCACUGGUCCUAACUGGGGAUACCGUGCUAGUGACACCAGUAUGGUGCAUACCUCCAAUUGGAACACCAACUGGGCGGCAUGCGGUGGUGCCCGUCAGUCUCCCAUCAACGUCGUCACGACCGCCAAGUCCGGAAAGGGCAAAAAGCUUCCGCUUAAAUUUAGCGGACGCUGUGGUCAGUUUAAUCUGACUGAGCCCCACGAACCGCUUGAGGUGGACGUUGCGGGAGGCAACUGUACUGUUUCGUUGAACAACAAGAAUUUCAAGCUGGCGCAGUUUCACCUGCACGCUCCAUUGGAGCACACCUUGGACAACAAACACAUGGACGGCGAAAUCCACUUCGUGCAUGUGUCCGAUGACGGCAAGGCACUACUGGUGGUGGGCAUCUUUAUCCAGAUUGGCCCGAAAUCGGAUAGUUGGUUGGGCCCUGUCUUGGAUGCUCUGGAGCUGGUUAAUUCCACCACUCAUUCCAAGGCAAUCGUGGUGAAUCUGAAAUCUUAUUCGACGAUGGUGCGGAAGGCUGCAUCGGUAGGUGGCAUCUACAACUACGCAGGCAGUCUCACGACCCCGGGUUGCGAAGAGAAUGCUGACUGGUGGGUGGUGCAAAACCCGAUCAAGAUCUCUUCGAUCGACUUUGGCCGUCUUCACCAGGACUUGGUUGAGUACCACAUCACUGACGACGGUGACAACGCUCGCCCGGUGCAGCCUCUCAAUGGCCGCGUGGUCACUCGCUACAACUGA